AUGGACCCGUGCAUGUCGAGCUCGUGGUCGUGGUACGAAAUUCGUCGUGAGGGCUACGGAUCGUUCUCCGACCGAUCCUGGUACGCUGAGAAGGACAAGGACGCAACAGUCACCUGGUGCCAUGGGGAGAAACGCAAGGACGUGGUGACACCCACUUGGUCCACUUCUGAAGAGUUUAAGGGAAAGGCCUCCACCGUGCUGACUUCCCAAGAAAACGAUGGCUGGCAGAAGUGGACAUGGCAAGAUUCGUCGUGGUCAGCCGAUGGAAACAAUGGCUGGGAGGACUCGACAUGGCAAGAUUCGUCUUGGUGGUCAUGGAAUGAUCCAAAGGAUGCACCCGCUCGAGUGAAGUCAUGUGCUGCCGGACACCGGGAUGCGGCCGCCUCGAAGGAGUUGGAGGUUGUGGAGAUCAGCAGCCAUGAUUCCUCAGAAAAGUGGGGACAGCGGGGACGAAAGUGGAGCGACCCAUCAGGUGCGUCCUGGCAUUCAAGGGAUUCCUGGUCGCGAUGGGCCUCGAAGUCUCGAGAGGCACCAGUGCAAGCUCGAGAAGCAGAGUGCAAGAGAUACAAGUAUGAUCCGACCACCUCCAGGGGCAGGAGCAACCACGACGAGUACGAUUUCGUGCGGACUUCUCAUCCUCCGAUAUUGUCCCCGGAGAACUCCUCGACCCAAGUCAGCGAUCUCUGCCGCAUCCAGCCCG